AUGUUCGCCCGCUCCGUCUCGAAGAUCACUGCCCCCAUGACCCGUGGCAUCUCGCGCUCGGCCCGCCGCAUGGGCGAGGACCACCACCACGAGCACCGCGUGUUCGAGGACGGCCCGUUCAACUCCAAGUCGAUCGGCGCCGGCAUCAUCGCCAUCGUCGGCGGUGGCGCGGUCGUCACGGUCGGCUGCUGCAAGUUCCAGAACUUCAAGCACGGCUUCCCCCAGAAGAAGGAAGAUCUCGGAACAGUCGCGGCGCAGCGUGGGACGAUCAAGAAGCCUUUGUGA